AUGCCACCCGAAGGAAGCACGAGGGUUGGGAUACUGCCAGGCUGCCCAAGCCUAGACAGGGAAGUCGAGAGGCAGAGGUCGGGUUCAAACCACGGACCUUCCGUCGGAAUGCGUUCUCCAAAUUCCUUGCAACGUUGGGUCCUCUCCUCAUUGACAUUAAAAUUGCCAGCCAUCGCCUGCUAUAAGCUCCCAAUCCGCUUGUGCUGCAGCUCACUGAGGAAUGCAGCUUCCGUAAUUGUGGCCCUUGAUCGCGCCGUUCGCUCGAACCUCGAUAAACAUUUCACAUUACAGUUGUACGGAACGCGCAUAUCAGAAGAAACUCAGAACUUCGAUAUUAUUAUGCUUCAGAGAUCCGAAAAUCAGUCGAGUUUUAAAGGCAAGAUUGUAUUUCCAGGUGGUCUAGUAUCCUCAGCGGAUUUCUCACGAGCACUGUGGACAGAUUUCCUAUACAAGUCCACUCCGGGAACUCAGAAGCUCCUCACAUCACCACCAAUCUUUUCAAACCUGCUCCGAAUAUUUCCCUCGCACAACGAAACUUCGGAAUAUCUAAAUCCUGCCGUCGGACUUCGCUUAUGUGCUCUACGUGAGCUAUUCGAAGAAACGGGAUUGUUGUUGGUGACCGAACAGAUUCCGGAUGAUUGUGCUCAUACAAAAGCUGUUGUUUUAAACUCUGUCCUACUCGAGUCUUGGCAGAAAAACGUUCUCCAAGACCCAAAAUGCUUUCCUCAACUAUACAGAGAACUAGGAUUUUAUCCCCCUCUUUCUGCACUCAAAGAGUGGUCAAAUUGGUUGACACCUGCACACCACACUACGCGCUUUGAUACACUUUUUUUCUUCGUCACAAUAAACAGCGUCAUUGUGUUGGAUGGAACUGAUGCUACCAAAACCACGCGAUGGCAGAAUGAUGAAGCACAUCGCCUCUAUGUUGAUGCCCCGGUUUCCUUUUUACCUGCCCAAAGGCGCUGGUUCAUGCCACCUCAGGUGUAUGAACUAGGACGACUGGCCCAAUUCUCCGACAUUUCAAAGCUAACCACUUUUGCCGCAGAACGUGCUCACUUAGGCUGCCGUCGUUGGACUUCAGUGGUUUUUGAGGUUACAAUCACCGGACAAAAGUGUUCAGUAAUAUUUCUACCGGGAGAUCAAAGAUACGAAGAAGUGGUGGGUCGGUCUGAUGUUAAGUUUACUGCCGGCGACCUAGCGCAGGAUACAGAACGUAAUAGGCUUUUGUUCAGCCCGGAUUCAACCGAGGUUCGCAAAAGCUGCUCUGGCCACGUGCUGCGUAUGCCAGUCGACCGACUUCCUCGAAAAGCUCUUUUCGCACAACCACGUGAAGGGUGGAAGAGAGCCAGAGGCGGUCAGACAAUGACUUGGCAGUGA